CUCACUCGCCAACCACGCCGACCCCUCUCCUCCACACCUCCCAAAUCCGAACCCAAUGUCCAGAAACACACCCAGACCCCGACCCCGAUCCCCCACCCCCGCCCUCACCCCACAGCCUCCGCGCCCGGCGCGAGCGCGAGCGCGAGCGCAGGCACAGGCGCAGGCGCAAGCUCGGGCUCAGGCUCCCUCAUCCAAACCCUCCAGGCCGGCCCUGCAGGACGACUCGUGAAGGCGUAUUCGCGCGUCCAGGAUAGACGACCCUACGCGACGCAGGUGGUCAGCUCGAUCGUCAUCUACCUUUGUGGGGAUUUGAGUGCGCAGAUGCUGUUUCCGUCGGAUAAGGCUUCUGCCGGGGGGGAAGAAGGUGAGGGUGAGAAGGAGGAGGAGGAGAAGGGGGGAAAAGGAGGGUAUGAUCCGUAUCGCACGAUGAGGCAUUUGGCUGUGGGUGUGGGGUCGAGUAUUCCGACUUAUAAAUGGUUCAUGUUCCUCCACCACCACUUCAACUACUCAUCCAAACUCCUCUCCAUCCUGACCAAGGUCUGCGUGCAGCAGGCAGUCUUCACGCCCGUGUUCAACACCUACUUCUUCAGCCUGCAGUCGCUGCUGACGGGCAAGUCGUUCGAGGAGACCUUCGAGCGCCUGAAGCUGGCCCUGCCCGUGAGCAUCACCAAUAGUCUGAAGCUGUGGCCCGCCGUCACCGCGUUCAGCUUCAUGUAUGUGGCGCCCGCGUUCCGGAGUAUCUUCUCGGGCGUGAUUGCGGUCGGGUGGCAGACGUAUCUGAGCUGGUUGAAUCAGAAGGCCGCGAGGGAGGUUGAGGCC